GAAGGCCGUGGGAACAAAGGUUUCUUCUUCACCGCUUAGUAUUUUUGUACUUUGCCGUGUUGUUGUUGAUGGGCAACGGAGCGCACAGGACACAUCGGCGCAGCUUUUUUCCCCCAUUUUCUCUUUUUGCCUUUUUUAAAAAUCCUUGAACAGUAUAGCGUUUGUCAGGCGCACUUCUUCCGUCGUCGUUGCCUUUUUUUUUCUGGAUUGAGGCGUUGUGGAUUACCACAAACGCAAAAUUGUGGUUUUUUUUUUUGCAGAGGAAGAGUUGCACGUGAUAGACAAGUUUGACGGCGUCUUUUCGUUGUUGUUAAUAUUUUUUUUUUUCGCUAGUGGAAUCGUUACUUCUUGUGCUUUAUUUUUGUGGGCCCCACUUGCCGUCUGCGUCUCACAGGAUGAGUCUCUUUUCCGUCUUUCAGAAAUGGAAGACGGAGCGCAGGAAGAUGUACUACUGGGUGGGCACUUUCGCCUGCGUCGUCGGGCUGCUGCUGCUCAUUUAUAUUCUGCUUUCCACCGUCCUCAAGAAGCAGAGCGUGGUGCCGUCCUUUGUAGCGGGUUACUGCGCCAUCUUUGCGACCUUGCUGUCGCUGUUCCAAAUCCUGGAGCACCUCACGUGUUUCUCGGAUCCGGAGUGCCAAACAAAGAUCGUGCGCAUCUUGUUCAUGGUGCCGCUGUUUGCCAUGAUUUCGUGGUUCAGCCUGCUGGCCCCUGGCGCGGCCGAGUACUUGAACCUGAUACGAGACACGUACGAGAGCUACGUCAUCUACGCCUUCUUCCAGCUCAUGAUAGCCCUAAUGGGCGGCAUUGACACCGUCUACCGCACCCUCAUGAUCGAGGAGCGGCCACCCGUGGCGCAGAUCUUUCCCUUCUGCUACCUCGAGCCCAUCAAGGUGACCCCAACCUUUGUGCAGAACUGCCGGCUCUGCCUCUUCCAGUUCAUGCUGCUGAAGCCGCUCAUUUCGAUCAUCGUGGUCAUCCUCACCGCGAAGGAUGCGAUGGGCACGAGCAUGUUCGAUGUCACGAAGGGCACCUUCUGGACCUACCUGGCCUACAACAUCUCCAUCACCGUGGCCUUCACGGCGUUGCUCUACUUCUACAUUGGUCUAAAGGACUUGAUGGAGGGCCGCAACGCCUUCUUGAAGUUCCUUUGCGUGAAGGCCGUCAUUUUCCUCUCCUUCUGGCAGGGCCUGCUGAUCCACAUGAUCUCCGCCGCCGGCCUGCUGCCGACGUUCUCGUACUGGAAGCCCGAAGACACCCCGUCGGCGCUGCAAGACCUGCUGAUUUGCAUAGAAAUGAUGUUUGUUGCCUUCGCCCACAAAUACUGCUUCGGCAGCGACGAGUACAUGAUCAACAGUGGCGCGGACGAGUGCGUGAUUGAAGACGUGUCGAGCCAGGACGGCCUGCAGAGUCGCACAAUCCCGCCUAUUCGCUACUCCGUCUGGGAGAAUCUGAAGUUCACGCUGAAGCAUGAGGAUAUCUUGACCGACAUGCGGGACAUCAUGCACAACCGAUAA